AUGCUGCGACGUGCACCUAAGCCGCCCUCCAUGGCUGCCCUAUACACCCUUGCCUCACAGGCCACGCAUGAGGCAGUGCACCUGCUGUGCCAGACGCUGGUUUUUGACCCUGACAAACGAAUAACAGUUGGUGAUGCUCUGGCUCACCCGUACUUGGACGAGGGCCGCUUAAGAUACCACUCCUGCAUGUGCAAGUGUUGCUACACGACUCCGGGAGGCCUCAGGCAGUACACACCGGAUUUCGAGCCUGUCGCACCCCACAGCUUUGAUGAUCUGUGGGAGAAGAAGCUGACUUCUGUUCAGCAGAACAUGGCUUCGAGUAGAAGAUACUUGAAUGAUGACGAGAUUAGAGCAGUUUUAGAAGAAGGUUUGGGUAACGUGCUGUCGUCAGAGGAAGAGGACUCUGAAGAUGAGUUGUUGAACAUGUCAGAAGAGGCGGACCCCAACUAUGAGCCUUCCUCGAGUUCAGAGUCAGAUGGAGAUGAGACCAAUCGUCGACCCAUCGACGAUUGGAACAGGAAAUUGCAAACCACAUCAUUCAAGCCUCAACCUCUACUUCUGAAUCCAUGCAGAAAAACAAACGAACAGGGCGUCAUGAAAAAGGGUAUCUGA